AGCUCCUCCUCAAAGUUUGUCGCUUUCUUCUGCGGCGAUCGAAUUCCAAAGGGCGAAACAUGGUGUUCUACUUCAAAGCGCGAUCGGACGUGGGCGAUUUCACCAUUUUCAUGGGCCUCGACAAGUUCGAGAACGAGGAGCUCAUCAAAUAUGGCUUCCCCGAAGACAUUUGGUUCCAUGUGGACAAAAUGUCUUCCGCCCAUGUGUAUGUUAGGCUGCACAAAGGACAGACCAUCGAUGAUAUAAGUGAAGGUUUACUGGAGGAUUGUGCUCAGCUUGUCAAAGCAAAUUCCAUCCAAGGCAACAAGGUAAACAAUGUUGAUGUUGUUUACACUCCCUGGUCCAAUUUGAAGAAAAGUGCCUCCAUGGAUGUUGGUCAAGUUGGUUUCUACAAUUCGAAGAAUGUUCGGACUGUGAGGGUGGAGAAGCGGAUCAAUGAGGUAGUUAAUAGAUUGAACAGGACAAAAGUAGAAAGGAAGCCUGAUUUGAAAGCUGAGCGAGAAGCUGUUAAUGCAGCUGAAAGAGCUGAGAGAAAGCAGUUCCUGAGGGACAAGAAACGACGUGAGGAGAUGGAAAGGCUUGAGAAGGAGAGACAAUUGGAACUAAGGAGCUACAAAGGUUUGAUGAAUUCUGAAAAUAUGACAUCGAACAAACAAAUUGCAUCGGCAAACAAGUCAUUGCAGGAACUGGAAGAGGACUUCAUGUAAGGAUAUCACUCUCUAUGGGUUGGGUGAGACGCUGCUGCCCGCUGCCCAUGAGGAAUAGAGUUUAUCAUUCAGUUUGUGAGUUAGUCCUAAACCUUUUAUUUUGUUGAUGUCGAUAAGAAAAAGAGAAAACACAAAAAUGGAUGGAGGAAAGAAAAUGGGUGAGGGUUGGUUCGUGGAUACUCUUUCUUGUCAUUGUGAUGCACAAAAAUCAAACUUCAUUGAGGAUGAUGAUGAAUGAUUUAUUUGCAAAAGUAUUUGCAACAUUUUAAAACCCUUAA